AUGGAAACCCAUCGUCGCGCGGUGCUUGGCACGCCCGAACUACUUGAAUACAUCCUUCUCCAGAUGGACAUGAGGACUAUCCUGGCGGCUCAGCGUGUCUGCCGCGCGUGGAAUGACAUGAUCACCACCGUACCCUCGCUCAGACAAAAGCUAUUCUUCCAGCCAGCACCACACUCCAGCAUCACAGAAAAGAACCCCCUUCUUGCCGAGUUAUUCCCUCAAUGGUUCGCGCACGGCGAGUGGGCAAAUAGGCGGGACAUGUUCGCGGCCAAGGAUCUAAGCACCCUGGCCUUCGUGCGCAAGGAGUUGAAUCGCGCCUUCCAGUAUGAAAAGGCGAGCUGGAAGAAAAUGUUCUUAACUCAACCGCCGAUCCGGACAUUCGUCUGCUGCCAGAUCUUGUACGUCAUGGACGGAGAGGGUUGUGAUUUAUCAGUUAUUUCGGAGCAAGGUGAAACACCAUAUGCACAUACUGGUGGGCAACAAUCCAUUCCAGAGGCGAAGAGCACUGGAAAUCCCCUAACCAUGGAGACGUUUUACCGGCAAGUGACCAAAAUAUACGGGACAAGAAGCGGCGAUGCAUAUCAAUGGCUGUUUAUUUGGGGUGAUGAGACAAACCAGCAGACAAUACCCGAUCAUCUUGGCCGUUAUAUGAUCCAAGAAGAGAUCAAGGGAGAACUGGAAAAACUACUGCGAAGGGACGGCUUGGUUAUGUUUGAGAAGGCGAACAUGGCCUGCACCGAUUGGAGCGGAGACUUUUUCCCCAGAGAGUAUCACAUCGAUGAUGGGCUGGUAGAGUUUUUACGGGAGUGGGAUGAGGUGUGUGAAGAUGAAUUGCGCAGGUCGACAUCAUGA